AGAUUAUCAAACUGUGUGUCAAACGGACAGUCCACAAAUGUCGUUGCUUUGAGCACCAAGUAUUUAAAAUUCAUUCAGUAACAGGUUGGAACAAGGUCUAUCAAAAAGCCCGGAAUUAUAUCGUCGAAUAUGAGAAAAUUUUUAAUAAGCCUGGUAUUACUGCUCACGAUCGUCGCUACGUAUUCCCAGGAUAUACGCACUACAAUCGUAGAUGAAUACGGAGACUCGUUUAAAGGACGAAUUAACUUAGACAUCGAACAGAGGAUACGGUCUAGCUGGAAAAUGUACGUCUUGUUCGAUGAUCCUGUUUUUAACUUACAGAUUUGGCGCGCAGCAGUAAUCCGUAUUUGUAAAGAUAACCGAGUGUACGAGAUGGCUAACAUGUUGUGGAAUGGAAACCUCGACGCUGGAAGCGUACUUGAAAUGAGUUUCCUAGCUAGAACAGUAACUGGUGCUGGUGUUUUAGGGACCGUCGUUUUUAAUGAACAUGAAGACUACUGCACUGCACCAAUCCCCACUCAACCAGAAGCUCAAGUAGGCACCACAGAGGUUCAAUUAGAAACGACUGAAGGUCAAGUGCUUACCACAGUUGCUCAAGUAGAUACCACAGUAGAUCCCACUGAAGCCCUUGUGAACCCUACAGAGGCUGGAGAGGGAACGGUAACUGUUUGCUCAACUUGUAUGUCAGACGUCGUCAUAACCAGUAGAUGGAGCGGAAAUUUCCAAGCGACUAUUACAGUGACACUUACAAAUACAGUGACUGCAUGGAAUAUGAAUAUUUAUUUCUCGGAACCAGUGGAUAGCAUAGAUGUAUACCAAGCAAUCGAGUCAUCGAUUUCGAACGAAAAUAUGGUUUACAGUAUAAGUAACGAAAAUUACAACGGUGAUCAAUCUGCUGGAGCCAUGUUAACAUUGGAAUUCCAAGCAUCAUAUUCUGGGUCAGAGCCUUCAACAAUACGAAUCGAAGAUAUGACGAACCAGCCGGAUUGCUGCACAGAGGUCGUAGUGACGCUACCGAUUCCAACGGCUGCACCAGGAGAAGGUUGUGCAACUUGUUGUUCAACAACUGCAGUGACGUCAGAAUGGCAAGGCAACUUCGUUGGCGAGUUCAGAGUGCCAAUAACACGACGAGUCAGUAAUGGAUGGACGGCAGAAAUGCACUUUUCUUCAGCUGUUAAUAGUCUAACUAUGCACGACGCAGACGUCAUUGGACCGUUGAAUGGCAAUACCGUGUAUCAGAUUCGUAAUAGGCAACAUAAUGCAGAUUAUUCUCCUGGAGAUGAAAAUACCCAAAGCUUUCAAGCAACAAUUUCAGGAAAUACGCCAACAUUUUACGUGUAUAUGGUUGGACAGCCGCAGUGCUGUGGUGGAGGCUGUGAAACAACCGAAGUAGAUCCGACUGAUCCACCACAAGUAGAUCCCACCGAAGCUCCAGUAGAUCCCGCGGAAACGCACGUAUAUCCCACAGAAACUCCAGAAGAUUCUACGAAAGCUAAAGUAGAUCCAACAGAGGCUCAAGUAGAUCCGACUGAAGCUCAAAUGCUAACCACAGAAGCACAAGUUGGCACCACAGAGGCUGAAGUAGAACCAACUGAAGCUGAAGUGCUUACUUCAGAAGCUCAAGUAGGCACCACAGAUUCUCAGGUAGAUGCGACUGAAUCUCAAGUGCUUACCACAGACGCACAAGUUGCCACCACAGAGGCUCAAGCAGAUCCGACUGAAGCUCAAGUGCUUACCACAGAAGCUCAAGUAGGCACCACAGAGACUCAAGUAGAUCCGACUGAAGCUAUAUUGCUUACUACAGAAUCACAAGUUGGCACCACAGAGGCUCAAGUAGAUCCGACUGAAGCUAAAGUGCUUACUUCAGAAGCUCAAGUAGGCACCACAGAACCACAAGUAGGCACCACAGAGGCUGAGGUAGAACCAACUGAAGCUGAAGUGCUUACUUCAGAAGCUCAAGUAGGCACCACAGAUUCUCAGGUAGAUGCGACUGAAGCUCAAGUGCUUACCACAGACGCACAAGUUGCUACCACCGAGGCUCAAGCAGAUCCGACUGAAGCUCAAGUGCUUACCACAGAAGCUCAAGUAGGCACCACAAAGACUCAAGUAGAUCCGACUGAAGCUACAUUGCUUACCACAGAAUCACAAGUUGGCACCACAGAGGCUCAAGUAGAUCCGACUGAAGCUAAAGUGCUUACUUCAGAAGCUCAAGUAGGCACCACAGAGGCUCAAGUAGAUACGACUGAAGCUAAAGUGCUUACCACAGUUGCUCAAAUAGAUACCACAGAGGCUCAAGUAGAUCCUACUGACGGUCAGGUAGAGCUAACUGAAGCUAAAAUGCUUACUACAGUUGCUCAAGUAGAUACCACAGUAGAUCUCACCGAAGCCCCUGUGAACCCUACAGAGGCUGGAGAGGGAACGGUAACUGUUUGCUCAACUUGUAUGGCAGACGUCAUCAUAACCAAUAGAUGGAGCGGAAAUUUCCAGGCGACUAUUACGGUGACACUUACAAAUACAGUGACUGCAUGGAAUAUGAAUAUUUAUUUCUCGGAACCAGUGGAUAGCAUAGACGUAUACCAAGCAAUCGAAUCAUCGAUUUCAAACGACAAUAUGGUUUACAGUAUAAGUAACGAAAAUUAUAACGGUGGUCAAUCUGCUGGAGCCAUGUUAACAUUGGAAUUCCAAGCAUCAUAUUCUGGGUCAGAGCCUUCAACAAUACGAAUCGAAGAUAUGACGAACCAGCCGGAUUGCUGCACAGAGGUCGUAGUGACUCUACCGAUACCAACGGCUGCACCAGGAGAAGGUUGUGCAACUUGUUGUUCAACAACUGCAGUGACGUCAGAAUGGCAAGGCAACUUCGUUGGAGAGUUCAGAGUGCCAAUAACACGACGAGUCAGUAACGGAUGGACGGCAGAAAUUUACUUUUCUUCAGCUGUUAAUAGUCUAACGAUGUAUGACACAGACGUCAUUGGAACGUUGAAUGGAAAUACCGUGUAUCAGAUUCGUAAUAGGCAACAUAAUGCAGAUUAUUCUCCCGGAGAUGAAAAUUUCCAAGGUUUUCAAGCAACAAUUUCAGGAAAUACGCCAACAUUUUACGUGUAUAUGGUUGGACAGCCACAGUGCUGUGGCGGCGGCUGUGACCCAUCUGAAGUAGAUACAACGGAUCCACCACAGCAGCCGAUGACUUACGCACCACAACCACAGGUAACUGACACACCACAACCACAGGUAACUGACGCACCGCAACCACAGUUAACUGACGCACCACAACCACAGGUUUCUGACUCACCUCAGCCACAGAUAACUGAUGCACCACAACCAGAGGUUACUGAUACUCAGCAACCACAAGUGACAGAUGCAUCACACCCACAGUCUAUAGAUUCAGAAGCAACCGACGGUCCAAUACCAACAUUACCUGCAAAUGCCCCUUACAAUUAUUCGGAUGUACUUUAUAAAUCCAUAUUGUUUUAUGAGGCGCAGAGGUCUGGUGACUUACCAGAGAACAACAGGAUACCUUACAGGGGCGACAGUGCCCUUGAUGACGCGGGUGACAACGGUGAGGACUUAACAGGCGGUUGGUACGAUGCUGGAGACUAUGUGAAAUUUGGCCAUCCAAUGGCUGGUGCCGCCACAGUGUUGGCAUGGGGGCUGAUUGAAUACAAAUCAGGAUACGAGGCAGCAGGAGAACUGCAGAAUAUGUAUGACAGCAUCAAAUGGGCAACCGACUACUUUCUCAAAUGCCACACGGGGACUAAUGAAUUCUACGGACAGGUCGGCGAUGGGGACAUCGACCAUGCGUACUGGGGAAGACCGGAAGAGAUGACCGUAUAUCGUCCAGCAUUCAAGGUAACGGCGCAAAACCCUGGAUCAGACGUAGUUGGUGAGACGGCAGCUGCAUUGGCAGCUACAUCAAUAGCCUUCCGGGAUGUUGAUUCUACGUACGCAGCGACGCUGCUAUCUACGGCUAGAGAGCUCUACACAUUUGCAAAAACCUACACGGGCAAAUACUCCGAUGCGAUUUCAGAUGCCGCCCAGUUUUACAGUUCAUCCGGUUACCAUGAUGAACUAGGCUGGGCGGCUGCGUGGUUGUACAGGGCUACAUCAGAAAACCAGUAUUUGACUGAUGCUGAGAACUUCUACAAUUCAUACGGGUUAGGCGGCAAGCCAUGGGCUUUUGAUUGGGACGACAAAAAGGCUGGAUUACAGCUUCUGUUGUACAAUUUGACUGGUGACAGUAAAUAUAGCGACGAUGUUGAGAAGUUUAUUGGUGGUUGGGUGUCCGGGGCAGAUGUUGACUACACCCCGUUAGGUCUGGCCUGGAGAAUCCAAUGGAGCCCCAAUAGAUAUUCAGCCAAUGUUGCAUUUCUUGCUUUGGUCGCUGCUGAUCUCGGCAUACAGGAAACAAAUUUCCGUACGUUUGCAAAGGGUCAAAUCAACUACAUGCUUGGUGAUAGUGGGCGUAGUUACGUUGUUGGAUUUGGGAAUAAUCCACCCGAUAGACCGCACCAUGGAUCAAGUUCUUGCCCAGAUCUGCCAGCUUCGUGUGGUUGGAAUGAAUUUAACUACAACGGACCAAAUCCACAAAUACUAUAUGGAGCAUUAGUUGGUGGACCGGACCAGAGUGACAACUUUGAGAACGACAGAACAGAUUACAUACAAAAUGAAGUAACAUGUGACUACAAUGCUGGCUUUCAGUCGUCAGUUGCAGGCAUCAUCAAGCUGCUUAUUGAUGGUAAUUAUGAGUAAAACGAUUAGAUGACGACGGGUUUGCUAUUCUUGGUGGUUAAGAUAUGGUAUGCCAAUAUUAUUCUAGUAGAUAUUGUUAAAAUCUAGUCUAAAAUCUCAACUGGAAGUAUGUACUGUACGCUAAAAAGCAUCUACUACGAUGUGCGCGUAUGUGCAUCGUUCUAUUUGGCGGCUUACUUAGCAAUUCAACAAAACGCAAAAUAUCUUAUAGAUUUAUUUUUUAAUGUAAUAAUACACAUGGUCUUUCAAUGAAUUUAAUUGCAGAUAAUAUUUUUAUGUGUUUGGUUCUUAUCCUUAUUUUCUUUCAGGUUUUUGCUUUGACAAUUUUUAGUGGGAGAUGAUUGGGGCGUCCACCCAGUAGAUACAUACU